UAUUUUUUGCGACCGUAAUCCGAUUACGACCACAAACCAAACUCUCCCGACAUGGCCUCGUCUCCGACCUCGCUCCUCCACCCCCUCCCCCGCGCCCCUCGCCCUGCCGCCGCCCGCUGCCUCGCCGGCCCCGCCUCAUCGCCGCGGCCCGUCGCCGGCCGUCGGCAGUGCGUCCUCCUCCUCCUCCUCUCCUCGCCCGCCCCCCUUCUGGCCGGAGCCGCCUCCGCGAGGGCGCAGGACAUCCCGCUCUUCGGGCUGCGGAAGAAGUUGAAGAAGAUCGAGGAGGAGGCGGAGGAGAUCGUGAAGGAGGGGGAGAAGGCGGUGGAGGAGGGCUUCGUUGCGGCGGAGAAGGAGAUCCAGGCGGCGGAGGAGGGGAUCGCCGCGGAGGCCGAGGUCGGGGUCGCCGGGGAUAUUCUCCAGGCCGGGGCGGUGGCGGGGGCGGAGGCCGUCGGAGUUCUGGUCGGCGUCUCCGUCGUCAAUGGAAUUCUUGGGCCCGAGCGCCGGAAACCCUAGUAUUUCAAUCUAUGACCUCAUAUUAUGCUCAACUAAUCUAUCAUUUAUUUUCUACUCUAAAUUGUAGAUUUCUUUUUCGGGUGCUAUUUUUUUGGUAUGAUUUAGGUGUAUCAUCUGGUAGGGUGCUGCGUUACUCUUUUGCAAUCUGAAAUUGCUAUAUUGAUCAAGAAUUCCAUUGUUGGGGUUUGCAAUUUAUAA